UGGAGUAGAGAUCCACCUCGGUCCACACUCCAUUCCAGUAGGUGGCGGUAAUGCACACCAGACGGUUGCUUGCCAACCGCCAUUAAUCAAAGGAAGAAGAAGAAGAAGAUCCUAGCUAUCCUGACCGAAACUAACUGACGAAAUGGUGGACGAGCAGUUUUCUCUCCUGGGAUAUCGUUGACAACCGAGCAACUUCAACUGAACCGCAGCAACAUGUUCGGGAAGAAGCGUAGAGAGCCGCUCCCCAAAGGCAGGGGAGCCUCCACCGCAAAGCAGAUGGGUCUUUUCUUAGACCUGGAUCCCGAAGGGAUGAUGAUAGAUGCCGAGGAGAAUUUGGACGACCCAGAUUUGGAGGCUGAGCUGGCUGCUCUCACUGGAGGCAAAGUUGCUGCUAAUGCUGAAGGAAGAGCAAGAAACAAGGGGAAAAGUCCCAUGCCAAUGGAGGACAUCGCCAGAAUGGCUGACGCGUGCAUGAGAGACGUGGACGAGGAGGAAGAUGACAACAAUGUGGAGGAUGAUGAAGAUCUCCUGGCCGAGCUACAGGAAGUGGUGGGCGAAAGUGAAGAGACUGUUUCCUCUUCUGCCGCCAAACCUCAACCGUCACCCCCCUCCCAGCAAACAAACGUCCCGGCAGCGGCGCCCGGCAGCGUCCAGCACACUUUGGAGGAGAGGCUGGCCAUGUACAAAAUGGCGCUGCAAAACGCCAAGGCUGCGAGUGAGAGCGCCAAAGCCAGGAGACUGGAGCGUGGGUUGAAGACACUGGAGACCAUGUUAGGUUCCAUCAAGAAAGGCCGUCAGGUGAACGAGGCCCAGAUUCCUCCGCCUGUUGCCACAGGAGCCCCGAGCGGCGCUGCAUCGAAGCCCCCGCAUCCCUCUUCAGCCAUUCCCUCGCCAGCAGAUCAGCCAGUGGAGUCUGAGGCAACGACACCAGAAAUUGUCAUCGCUGCCAGUGAGGAGGAACAAAACACAUUGGCAUCCGCACCCGUGGCUCUUAGCGAGCCUGCUAAGCCCUCACAACUGCAGGCAGAAGAACCCUUAGAGCAGGAAGAUAGUAAGACAAGCACAAGCCAGCAAGUCCUGACUAUGCUUCAAGAAAGGCAGAGACAGUACAAGAUGGCUGCUCUGAGGGCCAAGAAGGAGGGAGAUGCGGGACAAGCCAUGCUCCAUUUCAAAACCAGUAAGGGGUUUGAUUCAAUGAUUGAAGCUUUGAAACAAGGACAAGCUGUCGAUCUCAACAGCCUUCCUCCCCCACCUCCAGGUGCAGGUGGAAGUACCACUGCGUCAGUGAAGCAAAAUACUCAGGUCCCCCAACCGGCUGCAGCAGCUCCAGCCCCCCAGGCUCCAAAAGACGCCCUGGAGGCGCUCGAACAGAGGCGAGCUAAAUACAUGGAGUCGUUGGCUGAGGCCAAAACCAGCGGGGAAGACCGCAAGGCCCGAAUGUUCGAUCGCAUUGCCAAGCAAUACCAGAGCGCCAUCCGAUCUCACAAAGCUGGAAAAACGGUCAACUUUGACGAGCUUCCUGUUCCGCCAGGUUUUCCUCCGAUACCGGGCCAAAAGUCGACCACGGCUGAGCAUGGAUUAGUUGCGGCGCUGGAGGCCGCCACCAGGAUCGCCUCCACUGACGAUGCUGCUGCAAGUGCGGAUGAAGAAGCAGAAGAAAAAGAAAAGGAGGUGGAGAUAAAGCGUGAUGAGGAGCACAAGAAGGGCACAUUAAGUGUUCCCGCGUCAUCUCAAGGUAGGAGGAGGUCUCCGUCAGCCUCACCUGAGAAACCGUCCACCAGACAGCUCUCAGCAGCAGCGGCCCAGCAGCUGGAGUUCCUGGAGGGCAGGAGAAGGCAGUUCAUGAAGGCGGCCCUGCACGCCAAGCAGAAGAACGACAUGGAGCAGGCCAGGACCUUCCUCCGCAACGCCAAGGGUUUGGAGCCCAUGAUCGAAGCGGCACGCAGCAGUCAAGUGGUGGAUGUGAGCACGGUGCCGUCGCCCCCUGGUGACGAAGACGAGGACUUUGUCCUGGUGCACCACAGUGACGUUAACCUCUCUGAGAAAGCCGAGCAGAUCUACGUUCAAUUAGCCAAGAUACUCAAAGAGCAGCGUGAGAAAUGUCUGACCCACUCCAAGCAAUUCACUCACCUGGGAAACGUCGCCGAAACCACCAAGUUUGAGAAGAUGGCUGAGUCUUGUAAGGCGAGUCUGGAGGUCUUGAAGGUGUCCCAGGCGAAGGGCCUGCCUGCCCCCACACAUCACUUCGAGGACGUGACUUUCCACACUGUCAGGAUGUUUCCGGAUCUCAGCAGCACAGAGAUGGUGGUCCUUAUCGUGAAAGCCAUGAAUCUUCCUGCUCCCAGCGGCAUCCAAACAGGCGACCUGGACGCUUAUGUGAAGUUUGACUUCCCCUACCCCAGCACGGAGCAAGCGCAGAGACACAAAACAAAUGUUAUCAAGAACACAAACUGCCCAGAAUACAACCAGAGCUUCACCCUGACGAUCAACCGCAACCACCGUGGCUUCAGGAGGGUAGUGACGUCCAAAGGCCUCAAGAUGGAGCUGCUGCACAAAGGUGGUUUCCUGCGGAGUGACAAGCCGAUCGGGACGGCGCACGUCAGGAUGGACAAACUGGAGUCCCACAGUGAAAUCAGGGAGAUCGUGGAGGUGAUGGACGGCCGCAAGCCUACUGGCGGUCGCCUGGAAGUCCGGGUGCAACUUCGGGAGCCCCUCAACGGACAGGACAUGCAGGCGAGCACCGAGCGCUGGCUGGUAAUCGACCAGUCGCAGGUUCUCCUCUAGAUGUUUCUUUCAAGGCGUGUUGAAGGAAACCAAUCAGAAACACUUUGCACAUUGCAAGACACUUGACUUCCUUUCCUGAGACAUAGCGUGGCCUCGCCAGGUCAGUAGCGCCCUUUAGCGACGGCUGCUGGCCAUGAGAAGCGCGGCUGGCUGAGUCGCUCGUAGAGCUAACAUUGACCUGCUGGCAAAAAAUAUGACUUCAUGAAAUAUGGAUGUUAUCAAAGACUGUACUGUGGUAUCUAUGCACUAAUACCAAAGUAAUCACUGUUGCUGUCAAAUCCUGCAUCUUGGGACGAAUGAAACGCUGCUGCCAAAGCACUUUUCAUCUAUUUCUGUCUUCAGAGUAAUAUAUUACACUGUUACAUCACAUAAAACUAGUUUAAGGUGAGGGUAAUUUAUUUUCUCGUACAUGUGCACCGGCGUCACUAUCCAGUGCCAGUUGGAAAAUUAGUUUUAUUAUUGUGUUAAGACUAAAUUUGGGGACUAAUAUUUACUCAUUGGUGGGGUUGCAUGAUGUUUACACCUACAAGCACAAACUAAGUUAGCACUUGUUACUCUGAUGAUUUUGACAUGCUAACUGCACACAGAAUAACAUCGCUUAACUUACCUUGUUUUUUUAAGAACUGUGGUACAAAAAGCCAUGUUGGCAAAUAAAGGUACAUUUACCGCUAAAGCAGGGUAUCCUAUAUCAAGCCCUUAAACAUUGAGCAUACAUAUGCUCUUAUUGUAUAAUGAUAAGCAUUUAAUAUGACGCUUUCAGGACAAACAUAAAUGGUCCCCUAAUAGGAAAAAGGUUCUCCACCUUUGCUCUGAACUGUCUGCACCUAUUUUAAGUCCACCGUUAUCACGAUCAUAUUAACCUUUCUCCUUUCCCCCUCAUGACUCAUCAUGAUACCGCAAUUAUUUUCAUACAUUUCACUUCUUCUGCAAUGGCCUGCUUGUUUACAAUCGCCCUGGAUGUCAGUUAUAUUCCCACAUAGUGGCCUAUCUUGAAUAAAGAACGAAACAAAAACAUCUAAAUAAACUGUUUUAAUUUUGCUCUACCCUGUUUUCUUAACAUUUUGCAGCGGAACAUUUUCAUGAGUUUCAGGAUUUCGCAAUAUUUUGAUCACACCCUUUAUCAACUAAUCCCGUUAUCACAGAACAGAAAUCUAUUUGUGGCGGCUAGGCCGUGGCAAGGGUAUCAAUAUGAAUAAUUUACAUGAUUGGUUAUGACGCAUGUAUCUUUUGAAAAGUUUAGGUAGUUGUCAGGUUCAAACACUGAUGACAUCUAUUAAACAGACGAGAAGCAAGGAAUCAUGCAGAGACAGAGUUAAAUUUUGCUCAAUUGAGGAGACACGUUAUUUGGGCUGUACUCUAGUUACAGAUCCAAACUUCGCUCUAAAGUCUAGCCCACGUGCUUCCUCUAUUUAUUUGGGAGGUCCCUGGUUACAUCACUGAAGCUGUCGCUGAGGGAAGGUGGUAAUCUGGACAGCUCCAGUUAGACACAAUAUAUGAUUAUACAAGAAAUGCAAAUGUAUUGACACUGGUGAUAUCGCCUUGUCUCUGCUCUGUCUGCGUCACGGCGAUGUUCGGCCUUGGCAGCCAGCAGGCCGUUCCUGGACACAGACACUGAUACGAGACUGGCUUGCAAUCUUUUGGAUUGCCAGCUUUGCACAGACAAAAAAAAAUACAAUUUCAGCACAAUUGAUAAUAACUAUAGCAACGGCCCUUAAGCAUAAAGUUGUGUGAUAAUAUAUACAUGAUUAUUCUAACAGUAGCAGAGGUGGGUAGCAACGCGCUACAUUUACUCCGUUACAUCUACUUGAGUAACUUUUG